AUGGCCAUGAAACAAAAUGGUCUAUCGCGGGAAGCCCAGCAGAGCGUGUCUGGAAUGCCGAACUUGAGGGGCCAGUGUGACCUUUCUCAACCAACAUGCCGUCAGUGCGCUAGGGCCGGUUCGAGAUGUGAUGGAUACCGAGACCAGCACUCCCUCGAGUACCAGGAUCAAACAGCGGAGACUCUGGGUAGAAAUAGACCCUUUUCUGAUGAUGGAUUGCCCAUUCAAUCCAUUUGCAAUACCCGGGCCCUAAGCUGCAACCUAUCUCACGAGACUAUGAAUCGUCAGCCUCAAGAGCCGCUUUCUCAUGACCCCUGGAUGAAGGUCAAGGUUUCACCAGAACAACACGGUCUGCAUUUCUUUUUCCAUCAUUACCUUGUGAAUGUGGCUGGGCAAGCCUCUAGUCAUCCUGACUGUCUCGCCACAUUAUACGCGCGAGCAAGAGAGCCAGGAUACCUGGCCAAUCUAGCCAGUGCCGUGGGAUCAGCUAGUCUAGCCCACCAGCAAAAUGCGUCUACUUUGAUUCGAGCUGCGAGCCAGUCGUACUCUAAUGCUAUUCGCGAUAUCCGCGUUGCUCUAGCGGACCAUGCUGAAGCAGCAUCUGACCAGAUGCUAGUCGCCGUGAUGCUCCUAGCCCUGUAUGAAACAGUCACUUUGAAUUUCGACAAUGAUCUGAACUCAUGGGACAGGCAUGUGAAUGGCGCUUUGGCAUUGGUACAGCUUCGAGGAGUUAGCCAGUUACGAAAUAGGAUAGGCCGGUCUAUAUUUCUCAACCUGCGCACUGAAAUUCUCAUCAACUCUUUGCAACAUCGGGUCCAAGUACCAUUGAGAUUAGUGCAUUGGAUGGUCGAGGCGCGUCAUUACGAAACAGCGCAAGAACCACCCGCUGCUAGACUGGCCAUAAUCAUAGUGCAAGCCUGUCGUGUUUUGGCGUUAGUCAAAGAGGACAUGAUGAACCAGGCAAAACUACCUCAACUCAUUUCUAACUUGUUGUCGGUUGAUGAUGACUUUGUGGGUUGGUCUGAGAGUCUUCCAGCAGAAUAUGGAUGUGAGACAGUGACAAGUCCAGACCACUCUAUUCUCGCGUACCUCGGACGAUACGACAUAUACUCCAGCGCUGAUAUCGCGCACUCUUGGAAUUUGCAGCGCUGUGCGCGCAUUGUUAUCCGCCAAGCUCUCGUGGAGGCUAUAACAAUGCACUUGCAAGCACCAUCUCCCGUUACAUCCUCGGCUUCCUUACCAGCAUCACACAGAGACGUACUCCGAAUGUUCGAUACGGAAAUAUAUGAAAACGCAAGUCAUAUAUGUUACAGCGUGCCGUAUGUUCUCCGCUCUUACGGCAAGCCAAUCAAACCAGGGACCCUGAGGGCCGCUUAUACCGUGCAUCUGUUGUGGCCACUUUAUAUUGCAGGCACAGCGUAUACUGCGACCGAUGCUCUGCGCGAAUGGGUCAUUGCGAGGAUGGAAAUGAUUGAAGAAGCCACUGGUAUCCAAAGAGCAAGGCUCAUGGCCACUCACGUACAACAGCGGGUUUCACCCUCCUAUGUAGCAUAG